UCCAACAUGGCAGAUUGUAACCGGCAGUUUGGGCAGUGCCGGGCUCGAAAAAAUCGUUCUUUCUUCGCCGGCGGAGGAAAAUCUUAAGACUUCUUCGACGACACGACUUUAGGAAUGUCUUCAGCGUCAGCCUGAGUUAAUUGAGAUGCAGAAGUAGCUGGCGAUUUCGAGUUAGCCGGCACCGAAGACAUUUCACGAAGAAAAUUCACAACUUCUCGGAACUUUUUUUGUUCGGAUCGUCGGGACCUGAUAUUGUGUCCAAGGAAAGGAAUGGAGAGUAACUGUAGCUUUGUGACCCCUUGGGUUGUCCAGGCUUUCGCUGGAUGUGUUUUUUAUCGGCAACAAGCGAGCGGGUACGCUCUGGGAGUUUGCGCCAUCUUUGCUUGGUUUGUCGUCCAUAUCAUGAUACUGAAAGUAAAGUGGAGAGAGAGCCACUCUAACAAUGCUGCAUUCUGGCUACUGUUACACUGCUGUACGGCUGACCUGUGUAAUCUGGUGGGCUCUGUCAUGGCUGUACAGAUGGGGGCACAGAUCCUGGUAGGCCUGUACCUGUGCUGUAUGCAGGUAGUCUUUAUCACACAGUUUGCAGUGAUGAGAUGUGGCUGGAGAAACAGACUCUCUGCAAUGUCAGACCAAUGCGAGGAUUGCUGGUACCGGUUGCGGAAAGGCCGGCAGGAUGAGAUGAACAUGUUGUGUGUUCUGCCCUUCUGGUCUAUGUGCGCCGGCUACCUGUGCCUGGACACUGCAGCCUGGACACCGGUCAUACAUCCGGUCAUCCACCGGAACCCAACCAGCAGGAAUCUUCUCACACACAACCACAACAUGUUUGAGAACAGUCACAUGAGUACAGGGUACUCCCUGGGUAUGGUGUCUGCAGUGUUGAACUGGACUGGAAGGUUACCUCAGAUUCUACAAGUCUACAAGGGUAAGCCCCCUCCCAGGCUGUACCUCCCCAUCUCUGCCCUGAGUGUGAUUGCCAACUUCCUGUAUGCCCUGGGUAUCAUCACACAUGGAGCAGAGGGGGACUUCAUGUUAUACCACUUACCAUGGCUGCUGGGCAGCCUGGGGACAGCUGGAAUUGAUAUCGGACUAACCAUCCAGAUGUACAUCAACGAUCAUCGCCGGGAGAAGAAGAUGCCAGAUGACAUUGUGUCACUCCUCCAACAUCCGGAGGACCAUGAAGCUUCGUUUGAGAAGCACACAGGAGACCAGGACCAAACCUGGCUGCCACUGACUAACAUCACUGCUGAGGAGGAGGUACCGAUGCUGGAUAACCAACACAGCAGCAUCAUGGACCUGGAGGAGCCCAACAUUGCAGAAACAAUGGAAAAUGCCCCAAAGAAGUUUGAAGAAAAGUUUGUGGCCCCGUUUCUCGGCGCCAUGAAUCCCGCGGAUAAAGAGGAAUUCUACGACUCGGUAGCCAAGGACCCGAAAGCGUUCUUGUGCGCGUAUAUGGAGAUGCGUGACUUCCUGAAGCCCGUAGAGUUUGAUCCGGAGCAGUUUGGUGCAGAUACAACAGAUGAGAACUCAGAUGGUGCCUUGCCAGAGAAUGAGGAGCCCCCCUCCCACCCUCCUCGAGCCAUCAUUAAAGUGGAGAGAAUAUCAUCUUCUGAUAGUGAGUCACCGAAUGACUCAGACCUCGAGUGGGAUUUUGAAGGAGUUACUGAUGAGGGGGCCUGGGAAGCAGGGCGAGCGCAAAGGACAGCUGACAUAGAACCAGAGACGUUUCCUACCCCGGACGCCAAACUUGAGCCAAACCUUCUGGACAAAGAUGACUACUGGUUCGAGGAUGAACUUAAGAAGGGCAUGCAAGGUGCCCAGGAGGAGGACUUGUUAAGACAUUUGCAGCAGGAGCUGGACAGAAGUGUCAAAGAUGCAGAAAGGCUGUUGAAGAAGUCAUAAUUAUGGUGCCUUAAUAAUAGUCCAAAUAAUGAAACAUAUAAAUUUUAAACAAUUAUCAUCACCUCCUUGUUACGAGGUGCAGAAAGCGAAGUUUGUUCUCCAAAAAUUUAGAGAAGUCUAUGUCUUUCUUUUUAUGAGUUUCUUUAGUGUAGUGAUUGGACAAUCUGUAUCAGAGGUCCAAGCAGAAGUUCAUCUGCUGCAUUUGAUGCAGGGUUGUAGCCAGCAUCUGUCCUUCAGUCCUUUGAAGGAAUUUUGCAGCUGGGGACUGAAAAAAGGACAGACAAAAAUUGAUAUGUAAAGAUAUUAAAAAACUGAAACCCAUGU